CCGCCCGCGGGGAGUAUGCCCGGCCGCGCCGCGCACCAGGAGGCGGCGGCGGCGGGAGGACCAGAGCCCACUGCAGCCGGAGGGAGCGCGGGGGCCGCCGCGCAGCAGGAGCGGCGGGGCCUGGCGGGCGCGUUCCCGCUGGUGCUGAAGAAGCUGAUGGAGAACCCGCCGCGGGAGGCGCGCCUGGAUAAAGAGAAGGAGAAAAUAAAGCUUGAAGAAGAUGAGGCAGCAGCUGCCAGCACUAUGGCAGUCUCAGCUUCCCUCAUGCCACCCAUUUGGGACAAAACAAUUCCUUAUGAUGGCGAGUCUUUCCACCUGGAGUACAUGGAUCUGGAUGAGUUUCUGCUGGAGAAUGGAAUUCCUUCCAGCCCUACUCACUUGGAUUUGAACCAGAACCCACUCUUGCCUGUGGCUGAGCUGGAAGGGAAGGAAUCUGCCAGUGCUUCCACUGGUUCUCCUGCAUCAUCCUCUUCCACUGCAGUUUACCAGCAAUCUGAAGCAGCCUCCAGCACAGAGUCCCCACCGCAAAAUGAGAGAAAUACACCCAGCCCCAUUGAUCCUGACUGCGUAGAAGUUGAGGUGAAUUUUAACCCUGACCCUGCUGAUUUAGUGCUGUCCAGUGUGCCUGGUGGUGAGCUCUUCAAUCCUCGCAAACACAAGUUUACUGAAGAGGACCUAAAACCACAACCUAUGAUUAAAAAAGCCAAGAAGGUUUUUGUCCCAGACGAGCAAAAGGAUGAAAAAUACUGGACAAGGCGAAAGAAGAACAAUGUGGCAGCAAAGCGUUCCCGUGAUGCUCGGCGAUUAAAGGAGAAUCAGAUCACAAUUCGGGCAGCCUUUCUUGAGAAAGAAAAUACAGCCCUGAGGACGGAGGUGGCAGAGCUGCGCAAGGAAGUGGGACGAUGCAAGAACAUUGUUUCUAAAUACGAGACCAGAUACGGACCCUUGUAAGCACACCCUUUUCCUUGUUAGGGCUCUUUGUUUUAGCCUCUUAGACUUCUCUGCCUUCUGUAGAGACUCCCAGAAAUAAAGUUUAUGGAGGCUUUGCCAUUUUGCAUCUACACUAGAAAGAAACCACAAAACACAAACAAACCCUGUUUCUGUUGGCACAACUGGUUCAGGCCCUUUCCUGAUCAUUCUGUUGUCCAAAAUCUUAGUGUCCAUAUUUAGAACCUUAUUCUCAACACUGAUAGAACAUUUUCUUAUGCCAUACGAUUGAACAGAUUCACCUGUCUGGAGGAAUAAAUGUGAAUCCCUCCAGAUUGGAAAGAGCUUUUGCUAUCUGUUCUAAUCUUCAUUUUUAAGUGGAGAAAGAGCCUAGGAGACUCUCCUCUCUCUUUCUUUUAUUUUUUUUUGUUUUGUUCAAUUUUCAAACCCUUGCUCUUCUCUCCAUUCCACCUCCCCCUCCCAGUAAAAGUGUAAAACAUAAUUUUAGGAUAUAAGUAGAUGUUGCUGGGCAGCAUCAUGAAAUUGUUUCGUCUCCCAUUCAGAGGCACUAGAAAGUAUUGUUGUAUAGAACUCUGUUCCUCUUGAAGAGGAAUAGCAGAACCUGUAGGACAGGAAGACAGGAAAAUAUUCAAUCUCUUGUAAAAACAGAAGUAUUGCAAUCUAUGAAUGUUAUGCAGAAUGGAGUCAGUGCAGUUUUGAUUACAAUACUGUCUAAAUGUCUUGAUAGGUUCUAAUCCUGGAUAACUUGCAGAAACCAAGGAUAGAGAACAGUAGUGAAUCACUUGCUUUACAUAUGUGGACAAAAUAAUUUGAUGUGGGUUCUAGACUGUAUUUCUACCACCACCCCUCCUUUCUUUCCUUAGAGGGUCUUCCCUCUUGAACUGCCGAUAAAGCAGCAUGUUGCACUUGACUGAGAAGUAAGGGAGAUUUAGAAAAAGAAGUCUGGCUCAUUAGGCUGAACCUUGAGUCCCAGCUGUUAAAAAAUGGCCAGCACCCUAUGCUUUGAAAGAAGGGGCUUUUUUAAAGAAGUAAACAAGCCUCUGUUACUUUACUGCACCUUAUCUGUUGUGCAAGAGAUUGAGAAAGAGUUUUGGUCCUUUGCCUCAUGAACACACUAUGGGAUAAGCUACACCCACUAUAAACACAAACAGUUUACCUCACUAUCUCCUGUGCAGCAGUAUAUCUGGUCUCUCCAUGCUUGCUGGUUCUAUCUCCAGCAUGUUUCCUGAUAGAAAAUUAGCACACAAGACUUGCCCUCUUGGAAGUAAUCCAUUCUCAGCACCAAGCACUGCUUCAACAAUAUAUGGUGUUAAAAGAAAAAAAUACGCUGUGUUUGAUGUUGAGACCUUCUACAUGACCUACAACUGCAAGAGCUAGAAGCUUUACCAGAAGUAUAUGUCUAAAAGUUCUCUUAACAAGAGAAGCUGUCUUAAGAUAGUGGCUGUGUCAGAGCUCUUAGGCUAUACUUCCUGGGAUAAUAUUUACAUUAAGGAGUAAAUGUGGGAUGGUGAUGUUGCGGGUAAUUGCAGUUGCUCUAUUGAAAUCUGAAAAUACAUUAGAAAAGCAUUAGGGUUUAUUUUCUAUGCUAAAGACUAGCUUGUCUUUUAAACAUAAUGUGGAAAUUAUGAGUUUAGAGCAAUUUUGUGUUGAAUUCUUAAGGAAGUGGAGAAGCAGGCUAAUCCACAACACCCAAUGUAUGCUUUGAGCUUCCUCCCCCCCCCCCCCCCCCCCCCCCCCCCCCCGCCUGCUGUUAUACUCUUAAUUUGACUAGAGUGGCUCUUGAUGUGGUGUUGGUCUAAUUUCUUUCAAACAUACUAAAAAUUGUCACCCUUUCAGCAGGGUUUUUUUCUUUCACAGGGUGGUUUGUGGUGGUGAUGGUGGGAAGUAUGUUAUAAAUAAAUUGUCACACUUAACACUUUGCUUUGUUUAAAGUGACUUAUCUGAUUCCGAGUGAUGCAACUUUAAAGACUUUUAAAAACAAAGAAACUAAAAAGCACACAUGAAUCGCCAGUCUUCAGAGUGAGCAGUGAAAUCUAUGAGGUGUCCCAACACAAACAACUGAUGAUGACCCUGCCUGCCUCCUUGCCUGCAAGUACCCCAUCUGACUACCCAGGGCUGGGCAUGAUGAAAAGUGCAAAGUCUCCUUAAUUCUGUAUAUGGCUUUCUUAUCUGUCUUUCUCACUGUAACUAUGAACUACAGUAAGCUUACCUACUGGGGUUUUGUCAAGACACUCAAAGUUCAUGUCUCAAAGUCUGUUGACAGCCUGUGUGAAUAGUGGUUCUUCAUUUUGGCACUCGAGUGGAAGAAGAGAGGGAGUUUUAAAUGAAAGUGUCUGUAUAUAUAAAGAACUGCUAUAUUUUAAGACUCUUUUCCCUGCAGUAUAAUGAAUUUUAUUUACUACUGCGGUUCACUUCUGGUACAGUAUAGCGUAUUGUGGAGUACUGUGAGUGCAGAACUAAAGACACCAGGAAGACAGCAGCCCGUAAUGUGUGAGACUUCAGUGCAGAAGAUUACAGCAGAUGUACUGAAAUAAUCCAGAAAGCACCACAGUGUGCCAUACAGAGAGUAAUAAACCUCUAUCAAAUGACCCACGUAAUAAUAAACCACGUCGGUGGCUUUCCUGCUCCACAGCUACACUGCUGUAACCUGCCUUUUCCUUUAUUUUGUUUAUGAGGCUCUCUUUCUUUUAUGGUAUCUUGCUGAAAAAGGUUCUAUUCUUCUGCUAACGACUUAGCAAUCGUGGAAAAGGUGCUGUUCUGAGUUGCUGAUCUCCAAGUCUUUUGGCAGUCUGAAACUAUCAGAUGCAUAUUAGUUCCAGGAAAACAAUGACUAUUAGUUGCCAUAUUAUCAUUUUCUGUCUCUGGACUGCAGGACAGCUGUGGUGCUCCUGCAGUUACAAUGGGCGGCUUAAGAGUGAGGACCCUUGUGCUGGUGUGGGAGGGUAGAUGAAAGCUUGGAUGGAUUGUGGAGACGCAUAUUGUGUUUAGAAGAUGGAGGGAGUAGGUGGAAGUUCCGUCGUAAGAAUUUCAUCAGCAUAACAAGAAUCUGCUCUUACGUUAAGGGAGCUUGAGAGCUAAAUCUAUGUGAGAAGAACAAGAGUAAUUACUUUCUAGGAAAGAAGUACAGAACCAUGCUUGUAGCCAAAAUGGAGUUUGUAAGACAGGAGUGUGUUUGUGCCUGGAGAUUGAUGAAUAGCAUACACCUCAAAAAAACAUAAUCUUGAAAGCUUUCUGAAGCACAAGUGCCAAAAUUAUGAGGCAUGACUAGUUACCAGCAUAGCUCAGUGCUAUCAUGUUGAACAAUUAUUUUGACUUUGUGUUUACCCAAGAGAUUCUGCCCCUGAUUUCACAGCAGAAACACAGAGAAAAAUGUGAGAAGCAGCAGCUAAUAUUGUAAGCUUAAUAAAAAGCAAAAAAUUUCAAAAGCCAGAAUUCAUAACCAGUGUUUGACAACAAAACCUUUGUACAGAGCUUAUAUAUUAAAUGUAGAUUUUGACCUAUCAUUUUUAAUGGACAAUCUACUGAAGUCAAGAAAGUUUUUUUAAGCUGGUUACCAAAGUAUACCUAUAAGUGUAUUGUUAUAAUUUGGGAUUAUAAAGCUCUGAGAUGAUAUUGGGAUAUUUUUAUCAAAUAGAUAAAUAUCUUGGUUCCAUGUGGCUGAUAUGGCAACCUAUAUUUCUACCUGUAUUGAGUAUUGCUGAUUUGGACUAAUAUUUUCUGGUAUGUUCUGGUUUUUGCUUUAUUUUGGUGAUAAAGGCCCAAACCGUGGAUUAAGAAAAGCAAACCAGCAACAAAACAAACAAGCAUCACAGCAUGUAAAUGUAGCAUUCUUUUUCGUUUAUAAUUUCUAAAUUUUCCAUUAGCCCUGGCUGUUCUUAAACCUCAUUAUUCCUAUUUAUAUCACAAAGCCGAAAGCUAAAUAACUGGGCAAAGAGUUGCUUUGGAUGCUACUCUGCUUAGGAAUAUCUUUUAAAUACUUACAUGUUGUGUAGAGGAUUUGGUUUUGCAGUAUGUCAUGACAUUUUAACAGCAAAAUAUUCAGUCAGUGAGAUUAGCAUGUGCAAGUCUAUUGUUUUAUUUCUGUUAUUUUAAAAGCUUACACAGUGGAAACUAACAGUGAAUGUUCAUUAGAUCUUUCUUUCAGAGAAGACUGUUAGCAAACAUUUGUGCUUCCCUGUAGGACAAUGCAGAUUUGCACAAUCUGUGAUUCAUGUGUCUACGGGUUGCAAAACUGGAAUAUUGCACUUUAGGGUGAGUGCAGCUCAACUUUUGUAGCUGGAGAGUUUGGUGUUGUUGUUUUUAAGAAGCAGUAUUUUUAAAGAUAGAUGAGAAGGUAGUAACUAUUUAAAGGAGUGCAGAUAGAGCCAGACAGAAAAUACUGUGCAAUGCUGAAUUCUUUUCUCACUUUUUGCAGUCUCAGGAAGUUAAGUUUAUUGCUCCAGAGCUCUCUGGUCCUCUCAGAAUGAUUCACUAUAUCAUUUUGUUUCUUUGACUUGGAUGACAAUCCUAUCUGUAAGUGAUAACUUGGGUAUGUUUUCUUAGUGAUCAUAAGAAGACAAAUAUUCUUUUAGCUCAAUUUGAAUAUUGAAAGAUGCUGAAUUGACACUGCUAGGGUUUGAAGUUCUCUAGCCUUGGAACAUACUCUACAGAGGCCAUAAGUUUGCCUGAUGCCAACCUACCCCAUUCCACAAAGGGACCAUCUCCAAGGGGCGAGAAUGAAGGGCAUGUGCACCUUUCAGCAUCACUGCAGGAAUUGCCAUGAAAGAGAGCAGUUUAUGACAGGUGUAUAGGAAGAAGAUUGACACCACAUGGCCAUUUCAUAGUACUAACUUUGAAAAUAUAUAAACUGUGGAUGAAAUUUGUGGACAAUGAGUGUUGUUUUACUCUACAGAAGACAGCAGCUAUGAAUAAAUUAUGUGCAAUUUUUAAUACAGUAUUGCUUUCAUACAUGAUGAUCUAAUGCACAUAUAGUGGAUUUGUGUCUAAAAAUUCCAAGAAGCUUAAUCUAUCACCCGUUGCCAAGAUUUGCUCCCACUGAAGCUAGUAACAAAGAUCUCAUUAACUCCCACAGGAAAAAGUCUUUACUCUUGUGUGGUUAUUGUAAAGUUUUAAGCAAAUGCUGGAGUCUGAACAUAGUGGAGAAACUGAAGCAUUCUGUGCUGGGAUCAAGUGGAUACAUCUCAUUGCAGGUGUGGUGUUGGUAAACUGGUCCUGAUAGUUUUGAUACUCAGAUAAUCUGAACUCUGCUUUUUUUUUUGGUCCUUCAUGGACAGAGUGAAAAAGUAGUGUAUUAUAAACUUGUGUUGGAGAAGAAAUGUUUUUGGGUUGUUUGGUUUCUUGCUAAGCAUCUUUUUGCAGUAACAUUUUAUGUCUUUUCUGACAGUUCUCCAUUUCCUUGCUGUGCUGUUUGAAAGCCCAAGGUGUUUCUAAGCAGAAAUCACUUUCAGCAUUAUCUGCUGUACCAGAUCAAUUUCAAGUUGGGAGGAGCAGUGGGAGCCCAGCAGCUUUGGGAAUACUGUAAGAAAACAAAAUCCAGAUAUGCUUUUGUUAACCCCUUCUAGUUUUAGCUGUUAAGCACAAGAUGAGAAAUGCAAAUUUAUCUUAGUGCAUAAAUCUCAUAUUUUUGGCAACAUACACCUAAAUCCAUACAGAGCAGAAUAAUUUGUUAGUGCUAGAAUUGUGCCUUUGCAGCACUACAAGACUUAGACUGGCUUUCUAGAUGUUCAGAUAAUUACUCUGGUCUGUAUAUCUGCCACUGUAACAUGGUGAUGAUAGCUAAACUCACAGUUGAAGACUGGGAUAAAGGUAGAAAGAAUAAGCUUAACUAAAUAUCUGUGGAGAUGCUAACAUAAUGCUAAUUGAGAAAUUACAGUGAUUUAACUCAUCAUAAUGCAAAUUGACAUAUGGAUGUAAUUUGUUAGGUUGAUAGUCUGCUAUCCCUUGUGAGUCACUUUUGGAAUGCAAACUCUUGAAGUUCAGACACAGGGAGAAAGGAAUCCUUUGAGCUGAUACAUACAUAGAUAGACAUAGAUACUUGGCAAGGAGAGAAUGAAAGAGGAAGAGGAGAGUAAUGCAAGAAUCUGACCUGAGUGAAAUUGCUAAAACUGACACCUCACUGUUUACAAUUUUAGGCCAAUUUGGAUCCCCUCAGUUUAGCAUCGUACUGAAGAUAAGUACUUGCUUAGGUCUUGGGAAUCUCCUUGUCUUGGUCCUACUUCCACAGUCUAGAAAGAAGUAAAAGGAAUAUACAGAUAGGGAAAAGAGUUACUGCAGAAAGGCAUGAAAAAAUAGCCGUUGCUUCAACUAAGUGUGCUGUUGCGCUGGGACUUGACCUGCCAAUGUGACCUGGUCAGUGCUGUCUCAUGAGGAAACUACUAUCUGAGGCCCCAGUCUUUUAAGGCCUCAAUUCUGUUGUAAUUUCUGCAUGGGAAGAACCCUGUAUCUAUAGAGAACCAUGUGGACUUCACAGGAUCUGUUAUUGAAUGUGGAGGUCUGCCCAAGCAGUCAGCUGCAGAAUUGUGUCCUUAACACACUGUCCAGUUGUAGUUAUAGGGCUGUUGAUAUUAAGUGUAAUCUGGAUGCCUGUUAUAUAGCCAAAACCCUUGUUAGUUCAUUUUCCUAACUAAGGCAUGAGCAGAAGCCCUUUGCUGUACAACAUCUGUAAAAAACUUUAAAAUGUACUUCACAUACGUCUAGUAAAUUAAGGCAUGUGAUUUUGGUCUGUGGGUCUCAACAAACCUUGCUCGUGUACCUGCCUGAAUGUUUUCCUAGAUCUGCAGCUACGUUUCAGUGAGAAGGGAUGGUGGGAUUUGUUUUCUUGAGGGGGCACAAUAGCAGCUCUCACCUGUCACACUGGGGUGACCGCUUGCUACUGGCCAGGAUCAGGGAUGGAUGAAUCCUCCGCACUUUUAUGUUAAGUUGUCUGAAAUAUGGUGAUUAACAUGAUUAUUGGAAUACUGUAUUUUGUAUAACUUAGAACAUGUAAAUACACUUUUAAAACUAAUCUGUUCUAUGAAAUAAUAAAUAAGUGCUUCCAUUGUAAUAUCUGAAUAUUGUUAAUGCUUCAUGUAGCUUGAUUUGGGAUUCUUUCUUUCCUAGAGAACUACAGAAAUCAAAACAAAGAUUGAUGUUGUGGAAUUCUAGUCUAGUUGUGAUGCUUUCUAUCAACAAAAAUGUUUUAAAAAUAAUAAUGAGCUACUUAAGCAGAGAAACUAAGAUUUUGAGGGAACUGAUUCUCUUCCAGUCUUUCUUUAACAGUAGUCACGGAUUACAUUCAUUAUUGUACCUUUCCCAUCCUGUUAGCUGAACAGUUGAUUUGUCUGUGAGUUGCAUUUGGAAAUUAGCAAUAUUAAAUUAUUUGUAAACUUUAGUGACUGAGAAAAACUGAAGCUGGGUGGUUUUUGUUGGGUGUGUUUUUUUAGCUAUUCUCUCUUUUGGCUCAAACAGAUUUGUCUCCACCCUUCAGCCAGACUGCAGCAAGUUGCAGUGUAACAGUGAGUGACUGUUACUGAAGCUCAUUUGUGACCUAGGUAGUCUACAUCUUUAUUAGUUGCAUUGUGUACAUAGAUGACACAGGUUUCCUGUUGUGGCAUGGAGAGAGAGAGUGAGAGAGAAAGUGAUUAAUGACUUGUGGUUUUGCUGAGUACAUGUUCACUGGAUGCUGCACAGCUGGACCUUUCAUCAGAUUUCAUGACCUUUUCUAUCUUGUGUUAAACAGAAAAAAAAAAUAGAAAACAGUGGAAUAAGAAUCUUAAGUAGUCAGCUAGGAAAUCUGAACACUUGGGUUUUGAGGAGGAGGUGAGAUUAAUCCAUCAGCCUUCAUGUAAAGAGAUUAACCUGUGAUGACAAUUUCUCCAGCCAUAACAUAACUUUGUCUUUAAUGCUGUACUGGAGCAGUUUCCUCUCUGGUAGCAGCUGUGUCUGCAGUGUUCCAUAAAUGACAAAGCCACAUCUUUUGUAGUGGGCAGAGACAACAGCAUCUCUUUUUUUCUUCUAUUUUUUCCCUUCUCUCUCAGUGUCUCUAGGCUGUAAAAUAACUAUGGAACAGCUAAGAAGAUGUGUAAGUUAUUCUGAAAACUGUUCUUGUAAAGCUUUUUCAGACACAUACAGUUUUUAACUGCAUAAUUUGAGGGAACUCCUAUCUGCUAUAUUCGGCCUGAAAUUCUGUUGCCUCUUGGAUAAAAGUAUUUUUUUGUCUUCAGAUGUGACACUGAUCUGUUCCAUUCAUUCAGUGGGAUGGAUGAUAAAUCUGCACAGUAUUUAUAUAAGAUAAAAAUCUGAUCUUAGUUUUACUGUCUGUUGUUUAAUCUCUUGGAUGUCUACUCCUUGAGGUUGUCUAUAUAAUUCCUAUAUCUGUAGCUGCUUUUUGAAGCAGUCCAUCAAAAGCAUUUGAGAUCAUCCUGACUGAAGAAUUCCAUAGAAGUGAUAGAGAUAAUAAAGCUUGUAAAGCAGUUGGGUAAAACUGUAUUGCCAUAAAUGGUUUUAAUUUAUAUAUGAAUCUUCUGUCCCAAACUGCUUAUUUUGUACAUAAACCUAAACACUCCUGGCAGCUGAUGGGUGAAAAUAAAGGUGCUUAAACAGCAAUCUAAUGAGGAAAGGGCAUUUCACUAUUACAGAGUUGGUAUUAUUUUAUAUUUCCAUUUAUUACACUUUUUUAAAUGUAUAAACCACAGAUUUGAAUUCUCAAAGUCUUCAGCUUGGAUUUUGUGAGUAGUUUAAAUCUUCUCACCUCUCUGCUCGUAACUGGUUUUUAAGAAAAAGAAAAGCUUUUGUUUAAAAUGUAAAAUUUUGACUGUAUUAAAUUCUGUUAGUACCCUUCCUUUUUAAGAAAUAAAAUGUAUAUUCCACUA